UUUUUUUUUCCUCAUUCUCUUUCGUUUUUUCGCUCAUUUUUUUAUCCUCUGUAUUCUUUCUUUGCCUUGCCCCUUGAAUCACAUCUUCAACUCCUCUUUAACUUCUCUUUCCCUUCGCCUUUCCUUUCCUUUUCUUUCUGUUCCGACGAUCCAGUAUCAACCAGACCCUUUUUCUUCUUUCCUUUCCGGUAUAAGCAAAAAUAUCAUAAUUCGUUAUGACCCACCAUGAAACGGUCUAUGCUGUCCAUAAUUUUGAAGCCGAAAACAACGACGAAAUCAAUUUUCACAUUGGUGAACCAAUUCUCGUAUUGGAAAAAGAUGAAAAAUAUCUAGACGGAUGGUGGCAGGGACGUAAUAUUCACGGUGAAGUGGGUUUGUUCCCUAUGAAUUACACUUCGCCCGAGAAACCUCAUGUCCCUCGACAAACGAAAUCGACUGGAUCAACGUUUAUGCCUUGCAACCAAACUGAUGCCACUACGCAUGACAAUGGUCGUUACAACUCAUUGCUGAUGUUGGAAAGUCAAAUAGACAGUGCCAUUUCCGAAGUGCAACUGUUACCAACGGUCGACAUGACACAAUGCACGAACCCGCCACCUGUUGCUCAUUGGAAUCUUGAUCGUGUCGCUGACUGGCUCAAUACAGUAGGCCUUGGCUCUGUGGCAAAGAAUUUCAUCGAUCAUGAAAUUACCGGUGAUAUAUUGCUGGACCUUACCAUCGAUUCGUUGAAAGAACUUGGCAUUAGCACCUACGGCAAGCGAUAUAAAAUUAUGCACGCUAUUCAAUCGCUAAAAAAUACGGCCACACAUACUUCACUCCAUUCUUCUCCGCUAUCAUCAGAGUUGCAGUAUACACAUCAUCGAUCGCCCAAUGCACCUGGCACCAAUAGUUACCAUCCAACACUACCAAUCGAUUCAUUUUAUUCGGAAGAGAAGGGCAACCGUCGAUUGAAUGCACAGUCUACUCCGCCAUCCCCGGUCGAUUCAGACGGUUUAUACCAAUACCCUCGCAAAGCACCUUUACCGCCUCAACUCAAGGAUGAGGGCGAUCAUGGAUACGACCCUUCCUCGAUGAUGCGAUUACCUACCGAUCAUAUACGUCCUAUUUCCCCUCAGAGUCUCGGUUCCUCCAACGUCAGCCGAUCCAAUACAUUUAAUACCAUGUCAUCCAAAAAGUCGAGCUCGUCCAAUAGCACCAUGCGGAGCACUGAACGAUUCCCUGAUCCUAAACACGCAUCACAACGCAUCCCUACCCCUUCCAAACAUUAUGGGUUAGAUCGCUUCGACGACAGUUCAUCGCACAGUGACAUCUCCGCUUCCGCCACAAGCAAUGAUUGGUCGCUCAAUUACUCGACGAUCAUCUCAGAAGAUCCAGUUUUCCCGCCCAAUAUUCACAAGCUGUCUGUAUCAUGUGUCGAUGAUCCAUUGCUUCAUCGAGUAUCCACCGCCGAUGCGUUCCAAGCACCGGAACAUGAGGGGUGGCUCCAUAAGCAGAGUGACAAGUAUAAGACGUGGAAUAAGCGGUGGUUCGUUCUCAAGGGAUCCAACCUGUUUUACUUUAAGAGUCCGAAGGAUGUGCGCAUGAAAGGCAUCAUCAAUUUGCGUGGAUAUCGGAUCGUGGUCGACGACAAUAUUCACAGCGGCAAGUACUGUUUCAAGGCCCAGCAUGAACGGGAACGCACUUUUUUCUUCUACACCGAUACCGAGCAACAGAUGAAGACCUGGGUCAAGGAACUAAUGAAAAUGACCAUUGCCCGCGAUUACCAAGCUCCUGUCAUGUCGUCCAAUCAAAUUGCUACCGUGUCCCUGGAAGUGGCACGACGAAUGAGACCCAGACCGCCGUCGAUGAUCAUGUACAAACCGCCCAAACUCAAGUCGAGCGACGCCAAAAUGAGCAUGCUUCAAGAAGAAGGCAAAGGGUCAUCCAUUAGUCACAGUUUCAAUACUUGCGAUGAAGAAGAGGAUCUUGACCACGAGAUGGACCAGGAUCACCGUGAAGCAUCCGAUAUCAUGGAAUACUCCAUAUCAUGCAACGACGACGAGUGGGAUGAAUUCAAGAAUGGACGCAUCUCUAGUAGUGUAGCAGAUGAGGAAGAAACAUAUGCAACGAUGAUGGCCUCGUCAAAACACCAGCUGGAUGAUUCAGAAGACUAUGUCAACUGGAUCAACGCUUUUCUGCCUUCGAAAAAGCAGAUCAAAGAACUGCGUGGUGCGUUUCAGGACGGAGAAACACUGAUACUUUUGCUUGAAGCCGUGUUCAACAAAGACGUUCGACGACCACCGGUGGUCGAAGGAGGCUCCAACAGUAUGAUGGUCCUCGAUAUUCUGGUGGCUGCCUUCAAAUUCAUGGGACGAGAAGGUGUGGCGGUGGAUGGUCACUUUACCAUUAAAGAUAUUUAUGGUGGCGAUGAGGAAAAGAUCAAGACCAUGCUGAAUGCCAUUCGCUCUUGUUGCGAUUGAAUCUAAUUUUUGCCCAGCCGCCAACUCUAAUAGCUUACUUGUAACCAAACCCAUCAGUUGUCGCUCAGUCUUAUGAAGAAGCAUUCGGCUUUCCUUGAGAGCUUGACUUCCGUAUUUUUUUUUGUAACACUUCUUACCCCUUGUCUAUACAUAUACAUUACUUUUUUUUGUUAUUCAUACUAAAUAACACUUUUUUUUUUAUAAUCAAUCACUUGACAUGCUCACUUUUCUACGAUUGAAUGGCCUUGACCAUGACGAAUUAUGCAAUGGUCAAGCGACACGCGUUGUUGAGCGUAAAUCGCGUGUCCGAUCCAGGAACGCGUGAUGAAGCAGUCACCGUUGGCCUUUUCCUUCUGCGGCACGGUGGGCGAAUUUUUUUUUCUUUCACG